CUGAGGCAGAGCAGCGCGGUGAUCGCGGUGCAGGCGGAGCGGCUCAAUCAGAGUUAGAGCGGCAUGGCGGAGAAGAACCCUGCCGAUCCGAGCGGCUCUGUGGCCCGCAGGUGUUCCGCUCUGUCAUCCGCCGAUAGGAACCACGCAUCCACGAGCAGCUCGGCCAAAUGGGUUCGCCUCAACGUCGGCGGCACCUACUUCCUCACCACUCGGCAAACGCUGUGCAGAGACCCCAAAUCCUUCCUUUACCGACUGUGCCAGGCCGACCCCGACCUCGACUCCGAUAAGGAUGAAACGGGUGCUUACUUGAUAGACCGAGACCCGACAUACUUUGGUCCAGUACUCAAUUACCUGAGGCACGGAAAACUGGUGCUCAAUCGAGGCCUUGCAGAAGAAGGUGUUCUGGAAGAGGCCGAGUUCUAUAACAUCACUUCAUUGAUAAAAUUAGUAAAAGACAAAAUUAGAGAGAGAGAUUGCAAAACAUCUCAGCUUCCUGUAAAACAUGUCUACCGAGUCCUGCAGUGUCAAGAAGAGGAGCUCACUCAGAUGGUCUCCACUAUGUCUGAUGGCUGGAAGUUUGAACAGCUGGUCAGUAUUGGCUCUUCAUAUAACUACGGAAAUGAGGACCAGGCGGAGUUUCUCUGCGUCGUCUCCAAGGAGCUGCAUAAUCAGUCAUACGGCACAAACAGUGAGCAGAGUGAAAAAGCCAAGAUUCUUCAGGAACAAGGCUCUCGAAUGUGAAGCAGCAGCGCUUUUACACAGUUCAGUCCUUGCACUGCUAAAUAAAACAUCAGCACAAUUACAAAACGAGAAACGCAUUUAUCUGCAUCGGACAUCCUCUUUUUUGAUGUGGGCUCCCGACCCUCGUUGGUGCCUGCAAAACAAAACUGGACUGUUUUCUUUGUUUUUAUUUCACAUUUCUAGAAGGAAGGAAAUAUUAGUUUUGGCCGUGCAAAGGCAAGAGUAUGCAUGUCAGUUGUAAACUGAGCUCAAAGGGCCUCAUUUCUAUCUGCUCCACAGUUUACUCAGGGUCUCAUUCUGACGUUCUGAAAUGAUUAUAAUCACGAUAUACAAUCCAGUAAACAGUCUAGGAAUCAUUUCCGAAGAAUUGUAUAGUGUCAGGCGAGCUGUUUUUUGUCACAUGCAGACGUUGCCCAGUUAACUGAUGCAUGGUGUUGACUAAAGGUGUUUACCAAUAUAUUUUUCCUUUUUAAACAAGCAAGGAUUUUGUAUUUUAGCAUGCAUGUUGAACUGCUGGUGAUCAAACCGCUGUGAUCUGCCUAGUGUUAGAACAGUUCUAUCGAUUCAUUUAAGAUUACAGUACCAGUUGUUUUGAGGUGGUGGUUUUUUUUCUGCAGUGAAAGGCGUAAACGCGGAUGGCGGUGCUGAACUUUGUCUUCCAUUUCUGGGUUUAUUCCAAGGGGCUAGGAUUAAAAACUUAGUUUUUUUUUACUUUAUAGUUUACAAGAGAAUUAAAUCUAAAGGUUCAUGAAUUCUGAUGUUUUGUGGAUGUGGACUCAUGACAAGCUUUGCCUUGAGUGUGACUGAAACAGACUCUUUUUGACUCUGUAUUGAGAAAGUGACUUUAUUAGUAACAUGACAGUGACUGUUAAUAGGUAGUUCUUGUUUUUUUCCAUUGUAUCCCAUUAUUCAAUUACAUUUUCCUUUCUAUACUGCUGUUGACCUCUACUGCUGACCAAGAAAAGCAGUAACUAACACACAACCUCUCCAACCGUUUACGGACUUCUUUAUUUUUUUACCCACACAAAGCAGGUUUGGUUUAUAUGGAGAUCUAUGUUGCGCACAGUGUCACAUGCUACCAUCGAUUACCCAGCAGAGGUCAUAAUUGCAGCAGUUAUGAGGAAUCCCCUUUCACAUUCUCAACCAUCAGACGAGCCAGUUGUUGUUCGUAUAGGUGUGACCUGCCGGUAGUGGAGCUGAGAUUCAAAACUGUGAGCUUGAAAUGUCAGCUCCGGUACCACCUGAUCACCGCUGGUUUUUUUUUAAAGGAGAUAGCGGAGAACAGUGCUUUAUGUCUGUUACAAAAGCAUAUUUAGACUAGGGGUGUAUUGGUAUUACUGGCUACUUUUUUUUCUUUGCCCCUACAUGGCAGUAAAACCUAUUUUAAGGGAACCUAAACUAAAGAAAUCAAUAUGUUUAACUUUGGUUGUUAGUUUUGUUAUUGCAAAGCUGCAUUACAUAUCAUAAGGGUUUGGAUUACCUAGUACAUAGUGAUGAUAUAAAACAACCAAUUUGGAUUACCCAGUACAUAGUGGUGAUAUAAAACAACCAAUUUGGAUUACCCAGUACAUAGUGGUGAUAUAAAACAACCAAUUUGGAUUACCCAGUACAUAGUGGUGAUAUAAAACACAACCAAUUUGGAUUACCCAGUACAUAGUGGUGAUAUAAAACAACCAAUUUGGAUUACCCAGUACAUAGUGGUGAUAUAAAACAACCAAUUUGGAUUACCCAGGACAUAGUGGUGAUAUAAAACAACCAAUUUGGAUUACCCAGUACAUAGUGGUGAUAUAAAACAACCAAUUUGGAUUACCCAGUACAUAGUGGUGAUAUAAAACACAACCAAUUUGGAUUACCCAGUACAUAGUGGUGAUAUAAAACAACCAAUUUGGAUUACCCAGGACAUAGUGGUGAUAUAAAACAACCAAUUUGGAUUACCCAGGACAUAGUGGUGAUAUAAAACACAACCAGUGCCAAACACAAGGCAACAUAACACAAACAUAUUUACAAAGCAAAAGACAAUUUAACCAGUUAGCUUAUAGAACAGGAGUUGGACAUUUGCAGCUUAUAACACCUGGAAUAGGGACCUAUAACCAUUAUAGGUCCCUAUAUGCAUUUUUGCAGCUUGUGAGAGGCUAUUGUGAAGACCAGUCAAUAUUAAUAUUAACGUUAAUAUUAAUGUUAAUAUUAACAUUCUUAUUUAUAAUGCUGUCUUGUAUGAUUUUGCAUAAACGUUCAGUUUGUGCUAUGAAUAUGUAAUACCAGUACACCCCUAAUUUAUACCAAUGCAGUCUGUUAACGCAUAUGACUACAUGCUGUAUGGGAAAUGAAAGCUGUAGCAUAAUGCAAUCUAGAAUUAAAGCAACAUUGUUCUAAGAUAUAUAAUCUUUUGCUUAGGUUCAGCUCUUUUGUAGUUGUAUUAUAAUAUUUGUGUAAAAUAUCCAAUAUUGUUAAUUGGACAACGCUGCCUUUACUUAAUGACCAACAAGACGUCAGAAUUUUUUGUGGUCGGUGACACAUCAUAUGUCAGGCUACAAGCAUAUCUGUUCAUCACUGUAUAUAAAUUAUAAGCAUAAUAUUCAGACGAUCGCAGUGCAUGCUAUUGAACUCUACUCUGUUUCACACACAAAGGGCUUUUUAAUUGUGGAAUCUGAGCUAUAACUCCUGCAGUGGUCCAGCCGAUCUCGCUGUACAGCCUGAACAAGGCUGUGUUUACAUGGCUAGUGUUUUCUACCAAUUUCUGUCAUUUUUCACGUUUACGUACUUUGGCUGUAUGGCACCACAAUGUAGAUUGGCUGGUUCUGAUGACCUACAUGUUUACAUAUCCUUAAUUCUCAAACUAGCUCCUUUCCAGCCUGGGUCUUAGCCAGCGGCGAGUUGUAGGUUCUUCGAAUGAGGAGUUGUUUGCACUCCGAGUCACUGAUUCAUUGUCUUCAGAAAUGCGCCCGUGUUCCCUGAGGCUCAAGAUGAUUCAAAUAUCAGGCGUCACAGUGCUGGACUUUUAUAACCUUUCACAAAACCCACAGGGAAGCGUAGCCUUCCUAGCAUGUGUGCUCCCAAGCACCUCUCUCUCUCUCUUUGCAGGAUUGUACUGCAGUCCACAGUCACAUUUUAGUUGGUGCCCUGUUUUCUUUUCUUGUGUUGUGUGUGUAUAGAGCUAACAUUAUGAGAUAUAUUUUUUUCAUUUAUGUGUGCAAUCUGCAAAAGGUAUUUUAAACACGAGCAGAACUGCUCCAUUUUGUCACUGCUGUUCCUGUACUACUAUCCGAUAAAAUGUUUUUGUAUUGGUAUUUUUUUAUGCUUUAAAGUUGUGUAUACACAUAGUAAAAUAUUAUUAUAUAUGUAACUGCAAGAUCACAACUGAGAAAUGUAUAUGAUGGUAAUGCUAGAACCAGGUCAACCCAAAUAAAACUUUGUUAAAUUGCCA